AUGGCACCUGCGGUUUUGGCUAACCUAAACGAACCCUUGUUUCAGAGAAGACAAUGCGACGCCGUUUUUAUGAGGAAACACACUAACCACCCCGACGAUUUCACCAACCCUAACCCUAAUUCGAGCAGCCAGUUUCGCGAUGGAGGAGACUACGUUUCCUUCGAUCUCGACUCCUACUCCUCGAACCAGCUCAGGGAACUGAAGAAGCGUCUCAAUUUGGAGCUCGAGCAAGUCCGGUUCCUCAGGGAACGAAUCGAAUCGGGAGCCUUCACGACUCCAGCUCACGAAAUUGGUGUUGCUAACAAGACGACGAAGAAGAAGAAGAAGACUAGCCAUAGCCAUGGAAGGUUGGAUCUGGAGUCGGAGAAGGCCUUGAGGAGCACGAUGUCGACGUGCGGUCAGAUCUUGGCGAAGCUGAUGAAGCACAAGUGGUCGUGGGUGUUCAACACGCCUGUUGACGUGUUGGGGUUAGGGCUUCACGACUAUCAUCUGAUCGUGAAGAAGCCUAUGGAUCUUGGUACUGUGAAGACGAAUCUUGAAAAGGGGUUUUAUAGAUCUCCCGUUGAUUUCGCUUCAGACGUUAGGUUGACUUUUACUAAUGCCUUGGCGUAUAAUCCGAAGGGGCAAGACGUUUAUAAAAUGGCUGAGAAGCUUCUGAGUCAGUUCGAUGUUUGGUUUAGUCCUACGCUGAAGAAGUUCGAGGCUCAGCAGCAGGGAUCGUCUUCUCGUCCUCCUGUAGUGUCUGAACUCAACCAAAGACUGUCGGAGAAUGCAAGGAAAGGACCUGAACAGAUAUCAAUAGCGAAAAAGCUUGAUUCUUUGAAGCCGUUACCUACAUUGCCUCCUCCAGUUAUGGAGCUGCCACGUGUCCCAUCUCCUCCUCCUUCACCGGUUCAGCCACCACCUCCCCAGCCGGUUAGCAAAGUUGAAUCACCUCCCCCACCUCCCCAACCGGUUAACCAAGUGGAAGCAUCUGUUGAGGUGGGAGAAGCGCCUAAGGGGAGGAAAGGGAAGUUACCGAAGCCUAAGGCUAAGGAUCCAAACAAGCGAGAGAUGACGAUGGAAGAAAAGGCGAAGCUCGGUGUGAAUCUCCAGGAGUUGCCUCCUGAGAAGCUUGGACAGUUGAUUCAGAUUCUUAAGAAGAGAACCACGAAUCUGCCUCAGGACGGAGACGAGAUUGAGUUAGAUAUCGAGGAGUUGGACAAUGAGACUCUGUGGGAGCUUGAUCGUUUCGUCACUAACUACAAGAAGAUGGCGAGCAAGAUUAAGAGACAAGGGUUUAUUCAGAAUUUGUCUACUCCGACAAGAAAUAUGCCUCCGGUGAUGGAAAUGGGAAGUGCUGAGAAGAGAGUGAGGAAAGGAGGGGAUGGAGGAGAAGAGGAUGUAGACAUUGGGGAAGAUAUACCGAUUGAGGAUUAUCCAUCAGUGGAGAUUGAAAGGGAUGGUACAGCCGCCACUGCUGGGUCUAGCUCUUCUGGCAGCUCCAGCUCUAGUGGCGGUUCUUCUUCUAGUGAUUCAGAGUCAGGGAGCUCAUCAGGAAGUGAUUCAGAUGCUGAUAGUGUGCAAUCGCCAUUUGUGGAAGCAAAAGAAUGAAGUGGAAGAGGUGUUAGAUUCCUAGGAUGAUAAUGAAGUUGAAUAGUUUCCUUUUUUCUCUUUCAAGUUAAGGUUCUUUAGUUCUUUUAGAUUAUUGGUGACUCGAUGGACAGAGGUUGAGAGUGACCUAGAGAAGAUGAAGAGGAUCAUUUGGUGGGUGGGUUUGUUCCUAUUUGUCGCUUUUGUUUGAGCUUUUGUACAAUGAAUGAAGGAAUCUCUGUUCGUUUUCUUU